CUGGCCAUUUAACAGUUUAGGUCAUAGUUACUGAUGCCUCCUAUAGUCGGUGGUGCACCGCCAUUGAGAGAGGUUCGAGCGCUUCAGUUUGGCAUUCUAAGCCCAGAUGAGAUUAAAGAAUUGUCUGUCACUACAGAUGGUGGAAUCAAAUAUGCUGAGACAAUGGAAGGGGGAAAACCCAAGCUUGGGGGGUUAAUGGAUCCUCGUCAGGGGUGUGUAGAUCGAAGCUCUAUUUGUCAAACAUGCAGUGGCAAUGUGUCAUCUUGUCCAGGACAUUUCGGGCACGUGGAGCUUGCAAAACCUGUCUUUCAUAUUGGGUUCCUCAAAAAAACUUUGAAGGUUUUACGAUGUGUCUGCUUCUACUGUUCAAGACUCCUGGUGGACGUGCAGUCAUCAAAAGUUCAAGAAAUACUGCGCAAAACAAAGGGUGAUAAUAGACGAAGAAUGGCUUUCAUGUAUGAGGAGUGCAAAACACGCACUGAAUGUAUAUCUAGUGAUGAUCAGGUUCAAAACGACAAUGAUGUCACUCUUAGCAAUAAGGUAAAACGUUCUGGUUGUGGUCGCUACCAACCUCGCUUCCGUCGUAAUGGACUAGAGCUUACUGCUGAGUGGAAAAAAGUGAAUGAAGAGUCACAGGAACGCAAAAUAGUACUGACUGCUGAACGUGUUUUAGAAGUUUUCAAACGUAUAUCAGAUGAAGAUUGUUUGUCAAUAGGGUUUGACCCCCGUUAUGCACGACCCGACUGGAUGAUAACAACUGUCUUACCAGUUCCUCCGUUAUGUGUUCGUCCUGCUGUUGUAAUGUAUGGUGCUACCCGUAAUCAAGACGAUUUGACGCAUAAGCUUGCUGAUAUAAUAAAGGCAAAUAAUCAGCUUCGCCGAGACGAACAGAAUGGUGCUGCAGCCCACAUAAUCGUUGAAGAUGUUAAAAUGCUACAGUUUCAUGUUACGACAAUGGUUGAUAAUGAUGUUCCUGGUCUCCCCAAGGCAAUUCAGAAAUCUGGCCGUCCUCUUAAGUCUAUCAAACAACGUCUGAAAGGUAAAGCUGGUCGUAUUCGAGGUAAUCUUAUGGGAAAACGUGUUGACUUUUCUGCUCGUACUGUCAUCACUGCCGAUCCAAAUCUCAACUUGGAUCAAGUUGGUGUUCCAAGAACUAUAGCUCAAAAUCUAACUUAUCCCGAAAUGGUUACUCAGUUUAACAUAGACCAUCUACAGAAAUUAGUACAGAAUGGAACUCUUUAUCCCGGAGCUAAAUUUAUUGUACGUGAAAAUGGAGAUCGUAUUGAUUUGCGUUAUCAUCCUAAAGUAUCAGACCUUACACUUCAGGUUGGUUACAUUGUUGAGCGCCAUAUGCUAAAUGAUGACUUUGUUAUUUUCAAUCGUCAACCGACACUGCAUAAAAUGUCUAUGAUGUGUCAUCGUGUCAAGGUAUUACCCUGGUCCACAUUUCGUCUAAAUCUAUCCGUCACUUCACCAUACAACGCUGAUUUUGAUGGUGAUGAAAUGAAUUUACAUCUCCCACAGUCCGUCGAAACCAAAGCAGAAAUAAGUCAGUUGGCUCGUGUCUCACGUUUAGUAAUUACACCCCAAGCUAAUAAACCAGUAAUGGGCAUUGUCCAAGAUACGUUAACCGCUGUCAAUAAAAUGACUCAACGUGAUGUCUUCUUAAAUAGAUCUGAGAUGAUGAAUCUACUGAUGUAUUUACCAACCUGGAAUGGUCGUAUGCCUAAGCCAGCAAUUUACAAACCUCAACGUUUGUGGACUGGGAAGCAAUUGUUUAGUCUUGUUAUACCUGGUCGAGUCAAUUGUAUUCGUACACACAGUACUCAUCCAGAAGAAGAAGAUAUUGGUCCUUUUAAAUGGAUAUCUCCAGGAGAUACCAAAGUUAUCAUUGAUGAUGGGGAUUUAAUCGCUGGUAUUUUAUGUAAAAAAACACUUGGUUCUGGUGCAGGCUCGUUGAUUCAUAUCGUUGCAUUGGAACAUCAUCACGACCAAGUAAAUAUGUUCUUCAAUAAUAUCCAAACAGUGGUUAAUAAUUGGCUUUUGAUUGAAGGACACACUAUUGGUAUUGCUGACACAUUGUAUGACCAAGCGACGCGUCGACAGAUUAGUGGUACUAUCACAAAAGCGAAAGAUGCCGUGUUCGAAAUUAUUGAUCAGGCUCAUAAUUACGACUUACAGCCUACACCAGGCAACACACUUCGGCAGACUUUCGAAAACAGCGUCAACAAAAUUCUGAAUGAUGCCCGUGACAAAACUGGAAGUUGUGCUCAACGUUCCUUAUCUAAGUACAAUAAUUUCAAUAUUAUGGUUGUUGCUGGUUCUAAAGGUUCCCGAAUUAACAUUUCCCAGGUCAUCGCUUGUGUGGGCCAACAAAACGUUGAGGGUAAGAGAAUUCCAUUUGGUUUUCGUCAUCGUACUUUACCGCAUUUUAUUCAAGAUGAUUAUGGUCCUGAGUCUCGUGGGUUCGUUGAAAAUUCCUAUCUUGCAGGACUGACACCUACCGAAUUUUUCUUUCAUGCAAUGGGUGGUCGAGAAGGUUUAAUAGAUACAGCUGUGAAGACUGCCGAAACUGGUUAUAUUCAACGUCGUUUGAUUAAAGCUAUGGAAUCAGUUAUGGUGAAAUAUGAUGGUACUGUACGGAAUCAAAUUAAUCAGUUGAUUCAGCUUAGAUAUGGGGAAGAUGGUUUAGAUGCAACACAUGUGGAGUUUCAACGUCUUCCAACAUUUAAACCGUCGAAUGCCGUUUUUGAGCAUGGCUUUCGCUUUGAUAUUGCAAAUGAACGAGUUCUGCGACGAUGCAUGCCGGAGGAUGUAGUUCGAAGUUUAGCUACAGAUUCACAGACACAGUCAGAAUUGGAUUCAGAAUGGUUACAGUUGUGUGCUGAUAGGGAAAUACUUCGAUCUGUCAUCAAAAAGACUGACGAUUCUGUGGUCUUACCGUGUAAUAUUAAUCGACUUGUGAUGAAUGCUCAGAAAAUAUUUGAAAUAGAUCCUCUUUCGAAAACAAAUAUUCAUCCCAGACAGGUAGUUGAGAUGGUCCGAGAAACUUGUAGACGUCUGAUAGUUGUUGCGGGUGAUGAUCGACUGAGCAAGGAAGCCAAUGCUAAUGCCACUCUUCUGUUAAGUUCACUAGUUAGGGCAUCUUUGUGUGCAAAGAAAGUGAUCAUUGACUACCGCCUCAGUUAUGAAGCUUUAGACUGGGUGUUGGGUGAGGUACGAGCUCGUUUUCAACAAGCCCAUAUUCAUCCUGGUGAGAUGGUUGGUGCACUAGCGGCUCAGUCUCUUGGAGAACCAGCUACUCAGAUGACACUGAAUACUUUCCACUACGCUGGUGUGUCUGCUAAAAACGUUACUCUUGGUGUCCCUCGUUUAAAGGAAAUAAUAAACGUUAGCAAACGACCCAAAACUCCAUCUAUGACUAUCUUUCUCACUGGUCAAGCUGCUAGAGAUGCUGAACGAACGAAAGAUGUUGUGGCACGACUGGAGCAUACUACUUUACGUAAACUGGUUAACAGCACUUAUAUAUACUAUGAUCCAGAUCCCCAGAAUAGUGUUGUUGAAGAAGAUAGAGAGUGGGUGUCCACCUAUUAUGAAUUACCUGACUUCGAUGUUAAUGCAAUAAGUUCUUGGAUGCUUCGUAUUGAAUUCGCCAGAAAAGGUAUGACCGGUAAAAAAUUAUCAAUGGAGCAAAUCGCAGAUAAGAUAACUCGAGCUUUUGGAAAUGAUCUUAUAUGUCAUAUACCAGACGAUAAUCUAAAACUGGUCAUGAGAAUCCGUAUAAUGAAUAGCGAUCUGGAAAAAGACUUCAAGGAUGCUGAUACCACUUCUGAUAAAAUGGAAGACGAUACUUUCCUUCGUUUUAUUGAAGCAAAUCUACUUACUGAUAUCACUCUACAAGGAAUACCGCAAAUUACAAAAGUGUACAUGCAUCUACCUAAGACACAAGAUAAGAAACGCGUGGUAAUCAAGGAUGAUGGAAGUUUUGAUGCUGUUGCGGAGUGGAUGUUGGAAACUGAUGGUACAUGCUUAAUGAGAGUCCUUGCUGAACGAGAUGUAGACCCUGUACGUACUGUUAGCAAUGAUAUUGUGGAGAUUUUCGAAGCUCUUGGAAUCGAAGCUGUCCGAAAAGCAAUUGAGUGUGAAAUGCAUCAUGUAAUUUCUUUUGAUGGUUCAUAUGUCAAUUAUCGUCAUCUUGCUUUGUUGUGUGAUAUUAUGACUGUCAAAGGGCACCUUAUGGCUAUUACCCGACAUGGACUGAAUCGUUUAGAUACGGGUGCUUUAGCUCGUUGCAGCUUUGAAGAAACAGUUGAUAUACUUAUGGAAGCUGCUGUCCAUUCCGAGUGUGAUCCUAUGACUGGUGUCUCAGAAACAAUUAUGUUGGGUCAGCUAGCAAGAAUUGGUACAGGAUGUUUCGAUUUGCUUCUAGACUCAGCUAAAUGUCAAGAAGCACAACCUAUACCCCUUGGUGGUGUUCUUGGAAUGGGUUUAUUCAAUGCACCAGGCUUUGAGGGUAUUACUGCAAUUGCAUCUCCUGGAUUGGGGCUAACCAUGAAUGCAGAUGGUAUACCUGUGCUUGGAGACAGUGGUUAUCAUACACCGUGGGAUAAUGCUCAUUCCCCAGUAGGAUCUGUUGAUUCUUCUCCAACUUAUCGGGGUGGCCUUGGAGGUGCAACUGCUCCUCAUAAUGCUAUGUUCUCUCCUGCCAUGCGUUACGAUUCUUCAUUAUCUCCUGGUCGUAGUCCUCAGUUAGAUAGCCCUCGUACUCCUGAAGCGUUUUCACCUGCUGCAUAUGUUGGCUUUAGCAGUCCGAUGUCUUUUAUGGGUACUCCACAAACUGAACUGGGUUCGCCAGGUUCUAGCCCAGGUCAUUCAGGAAGUCUUAGUAGUGGUUCUUUUGGAUAUGGAGGUCCAGCGAGUCUUCGCGCUGAUAUAUUUUCACCUAUACAUAAACCAUCUUAUGCUGGAACAGGUAGCAGUUCAAGUUUCAGUGCUAGUGGAGACAGCAAUUCACCAACCUUUUCUUUGCAACAGUCCUAUGAGCCUAUGUCUGUUGGGUACACCCAGCGUUCUCCACAUCAUCCCAGUUUUUCAGGAUAUGGAAUGAUAUCUAGUGGUUCACUUGGUCCAUCCAGUGAUUCUCCAGACAGUAUAAAUUACUCUUACAGUCCCAACAGCCCAAUGCCCACAGGUGGUGGCAGUUCAAUGAGUCGGGAUUUCAGCAGCUGGGGUGUUUUGCCUGGGUCAGAAACUCCUGGAGUUUCACCUAGUUCGCCUUCACCUGGUAUGAGUGCCAGUAGUUUAAGUGGGAGCAGACCAUCUUUCUAUCCCAACAGUCAACCUGCUUCACCAUUAUCAUUCAAUGCCUCCCCCUCUGCUCCUCGCUACAGUCCUCCAACAUUAACAGGCGGUUCUUCAGUAGAGAGCUAUUCUCCGCAAAUGACUACGCCCAGUUCUCCUGGUGGUGCUCCAAGUGGUACUUUGGGUGGUCCAAGUAAUUCUCCACUUUCUUAUCCCACUACUCCAAACUAUCCUAUUCUCAUGGUGUCAGUACCGGUACUGGCUUGGGAUCUUCAAGUUUGUUGGGUUAUUCAGCAACUGGUUUCUCAGGCUCCACUCUUGGAACUUCUGCAUACAGCCCAUCAACUUUUCAUACUCCUUCAUCACACUAUUUUAUGACCACUCCGCGACCAGGUUCACCAUCUCCUAGUCCACGAGAGUAUUAUCCAACUCCUGAUACAAGACGGUGAUAAAUUUUCUUCCAGUGAACGACAUCUUUAUAACAAUUUGAAGGUUUAAUUUGUACAUAAAUUUAUCCAGUGACUUGUCAGUUUCAAGUAAUCUGAUACAAUUUACAGUAAAACUUAACAUUAUCCUAUUUUGGGAAUUUGUGCUUUAUAUAACUGUAUACGUUAAUAUACUAAUAAUAUCAGAAUUGAACUGAAUCAA